AUGACGUUCUAUGUACACAUGGCCGUGCUGUUCUUCGGUUAAACCCUAAACCCUAAAUUUGCCCUCCUAUAAAAGCUGGUUUCUCCGAACCAGAAACCCUGCUUUACUUUUGCCCCGUAAAACCCUAGUUUCAGUUACAUCAAAACUUUAGAAUUUCAGCCAUGGCUUUCUCCGCUUCUCUUCGCAGAGGAGCUUCGUCUGCUAUUUCAAUGGUUUCUCGAUCUCUGAGAGCCCCAAAAGUCUAUCAUUCUGGUCUAGUUUCCUCCAUUAAUGGCGGAUUUGGGUCCCGUUCUAAACUGAUUUCAGUUGUCAGUGGUGCAUUUUCUCCGGAACUGGAAGGAGUUAGAGGCGUUAGUUUACCACUUUUCUACUGUUCUGUGGCAAAGAAACCAGGAGUGGACGAGAAACUUCUUAAAGUAAUUGAAUCUGAGAUUAAGUGUGCAGAGGAAUCAGAUUAUCACGAUCAGAAAGAUGAGAUCCCAGAUGGUUUUCCCUUUGAAAUAGAGGAUAACCCUGGUCAGCAGACCAUAAGCUUAAGUAGAAAAUAUGGGGAUGAAACUAUUAGAGUCGAAGUACAUAUGCCAGAUCUCGUCACUGGUGAAGGAAAUGAUAGUGAUGAUGAUGGUGAUGAUGAAAGCAAAAGAGCUAAUCAAUCUAGCCUCUCAUUGAUUGUGAAUGUUUCGAAAGGUGAUGGCCUCUGCUUGGAGUUUGGUUGUACAGCUUAUCCCGAUGAGGUUACUAUAGAUGCUAUGUCUGUUAAGGAGCCAGGCACCACUGAAGAUCAGAUAGCCUAUGUAGGGCCUGACUUUGCGGAUUUGGAUGAGAACUUGCAGAAGGCUUUCCACAAGUAUCUGGAGCUCAGAGGUAUCAAGGGGAGCACCACCAAUUUCCUUCACGAAUACAUGAUAAACAAGGAUAGUAGGGAGUAUUUGAAUUGGCUGAACAACCUGAAGAAAUUCGUCGAGAAGUAAGCCGGUCUUGAUUGACAAAGUUUUGUUAGUAUAGGAGAGGAUUAUUUCACACAAACUGUUUCUGGGUAUUGAUUUGGGAAUAAAUGAUGCUCUCCCUCAGUAACUAAUUUCCGUUUCUAGAAAUUCUACUUCAAAGUAUGUUUUGGGGAUUUGGGGUAUUCAUUUGUUGCCUCAAUGUGCUUCCAUUCAUGCCAAAACAUGUGCUACAUUUUCAAACUUUGUACUCUCUUGCGAUCAUACAACAGUGAUACAAUCUGAAACAACCUUUGUUCAACACAGUACAGUGAUGUCAAUGAUGAAAUCAGAAAUGAUGAAUAUCAUGAUUUGUUUUUUCC